AAUAGUACCCAAAAGGUCUACUAUAAUGUUUGAUCAAGAUGAUGAUGCAGAUAAAAUUAGUUUUAAUGUUGGUGGUGUAAAAUUUGAAACGUUCGCCACUACGCUACUUAAUAUUGCUGAUACUCGAUUAUCUUGGUUGGCGGAAAAUCAUCUCCAGGAUGGAAAAACAAAUCGAAAAGAAUACUUUUUUGACCGACAUCCUGGAGUGUUUGUUCACAUCUUAAAUUUUUACCGGACGGGAAAGCUUCAUACACCUACGGAUGUUUGUGGGCCACUUUUUAGUGAAGAAUUGCAGUUUUGGGGAAUUGACGAGAAGCAAAUGGAGCCUUGUUGUUGGGGCAGAUUUACCAAACAUAGAGAGGCCGAGGAAGUUCUCAGUACAUUUGAGGGACCUUGUUUUGAAGAUCUAAGCAGAGAGCGUAAAACUUCUUUUUUAUCAUUAAAGACAGGAUAUUUAAAUAAGAAACUUUCUUGCAUUUGGAAAAUAAUGGAUGAUCCAUUCUCAUCAGAACUUGCUAAGAAGUUCUCUUAUCUUUCGUGUAUGAUGAUUUGUGUUUCAAUAGCUGCAUAUUGCAUUAGUACAGAAGCAAUUUUCAAACAGAAUAAAGUUAUAAAGAAGAUACUAGACAGUAUUGAGUAUAUAUGCCUGAUAUUUUUUACAUUUGAACUAUUAAUACGUGUUAUUGUUUGUCCCCAAAAAAAAGUUUUUUUUAAAAACUACGUAAGUUGGUUAGAUUUUGCAUCGAUUAUUCCGCCGUACUGUUCGCUGAUAUUUCCUCAAUUUUAUCCUCAGCUAAUCGAAAACCUGGUAAUAAUUCGCUUAUUAAGAGUAAUAAAGUAUUUUAAACUUUCGUAUGGUCUGCAAGUUUUUAUGAAAACACUAAAGUCCAGUUCACACGAGCUUACUCUACUUUUUUUUUUGCUACUUAUUCCGGUCAUUAUUUUUUCAAGUCUUGUAUAUGCUGUUGAAAUAAAUAUUCACGGAAACAGCACUAAAAAUCAAUUCACAUCAAUACCAACUGCGUUCUGGUGGUGUGUAAUUACAAUGACCACAAUUGGAUACGGCGAUAUUGUUCCAGUCACGUGGUUAGGCAAAAUAUUCGGAUCAAUCUGUGCUGUAAUUGGAGUGCUUAUAGUGGCUCUACCAAUCUCCAUAAUUGGAAGUAAUUUUAGUGUGUACUAUGCUCAUGUUAAAGCUCGAAUGAAUUUGCCUCAAAAGAAUCGACGUUUGUUAGAAGGAAAUCUCCGAGGCUUGCUAAGACAACCAUUGUCUUUAUCAUCGAGAGAUAGAGAUCGUCGAACUAUCAAGAGACAAGGUAUUGAUCGAUUGAAUAAUAAUGCAAUACGAAGGAAAGAAAAUAACUCUUCGCCGCAAUUUAUAGAUAUGCAAAUGAAACGGAAGUUUGCUUUUGAAAGAAUAACUAGUGACCAUCUUGGAAGCACUGAUACAGCAUUUACUUUGAGCCUUCAAAGUUUAACUGAACAAAAACCAAACUCGGGCCAAAAAAAUGUCAUAUGUGAUAAAAAAUAUACUUUUGUAAAACAGGUUUCAGAUUCGGACCUUGUAGAAAAAAAUCGAACUUCUACAUUUGAAAGUAACGUUUAUCAAGAGAGCUGUGAGAAAAUAAAUGAAAAAACAACGACGGUUUUGUCAAAUAAAUUAACAGAUAAAAGAAACUCUGAUACAGAAAAGUAUGACGAAAAAAGUGACCAGUCCCGACCAGACCAGACCAGAAAAGAAACAAUGAACGGAUUGUCACACGCUGAUACGAGUCCCUCAAACUCAAUUAAUAAAACAUUUUCAAAUGAUGAAUAUUUUACAGAUAGUUUACCAAAAAUAUGUGUAUCCGUAGAAAAUCCUUACCAUUCGAACGAGUGCAAUAGCUGUAGAGAAUUAAAUUUUUUAAAAGAAGACGAUAACUUCAAAAAAUUGUCUGCGUCUCGUUGCUCGCAAAGAAGCAAAAGCUUAAAUAGCAUGGAUGAACCGCACUAUGAUAACCAAACCGAUCGCAUCAGUUUCAAAAACAGUCCAUGUCAAUCUUCACACUCGAUCAAUAAUUUAGAAACAAAUAAAUUGUGUUUACCAUUUCAUAUUUCUAAAACUAAACCUGAACUUGGGGUAUUUGAUCCAACAGAUAUUGAAGAAACAGAAGUGUUUCGGCGUCAUUCAAUGUUGAGAAUAGAGGAUUACUAUAAUUUUCCUUGCGUUAAAAACAGAGAUAUUCCAAUAUUUAAGGAUUUCUUUACAGUUAAUCAAUGAUUUGUAAUAUAUACUUAUAAUUUUGUUAAAUUAUUUUGAAA